GCUCGCGAAUUAAAUCUUUACGUAUGCAACCAAACCUACACCAUCUUAAUAUUUUGUAGGUUAUACUUAUGACAUAAUAGUAUUCAUUAAUUUUUUGUCGUUUUUGCGAAAUUAAAUAUAGAAAAAUAUGAUCAAAUUUGCAGUAAAAGUCGGUUUAGCUGCGUCAGCUGUUUAUUAUACGAAACAACAAGGUAUUUGGAGAGAUAGCGAUGAAUCAUUGAAGGCCUACAACAAAAUUAAAUCGGAACUCUGCCCUUAUGUAAAACAGAUAACAUCGCGGGUACCAAUUGAAUUGCCCCAAGUGCCUAAAGCCGAUUCAGCUACACUACUUCUGAAACAAUGCUGGAACAAAGGAGUUCACGCCUCGUUUGUGUUCUUAAUAAAUUUGCCGGAAUAUACAAAAGAAUAUACUAGGAAAGGUUUAGAAACGCUUACAUCAAAUGAAGACCUUAAAAAGUUUAUUGAUUCCUUUUCAACAGAAAGUAAUGAACCUACUAAAAAGUAAUUUAAACUGUGUUAUUUAGUUUUUAGCAAAUUUUAUUAAAUAUAUUUUUUUGUAUUUUUCCCUUUUAUUUAAGUUAAAAAUGUGAUUUAGUUUUUUUGUUCUGUUUUAAGGCAGUUACUGUAGUCUGAAGAAAUCAAAGUACAAUAUACUCUACUUGCUUAAUAAAUAGAAUGUAUAAAUAUUUCAUUUAGAAUUGCACAGCCACAUUUAUAAUUUUGUAAUGUUCUAACAAUUUACAUGAUAAGAGUCGGAUUGAAAAUUUUGGUAGGUAAUGUUACUUG